CUCCGUCAUGUGAUGGCCCCGAUUGGCUUUCUCGCUCUCGUUUUCUCAUUCGCCUGAAGUCGCUGGACUGAGGUGGAAGGAGGGAGGCUGCGCGUCCGUUUGGGGCCUAGUCCGAGUGGCGCCUGUGGUGGUCGUAGUCGUACUUCCCCGCUCCUGAGAAAUGGUGUCGUCGUCGUCGUGCCGCCGGGGCUUGCUCCUAGCGGCCGUCCUUCUGGGAUUUUUGCAAGCAUCUUCAACAUUUGAAGUAAGAGAUAAGACUGGGAAAAUAUGCAUCCUAGCCAACUUCUCUGCAGAGUUCACAGUGGACUACAGUACAAAAGCAAAGGUUGAGAGGAAGACCUUCCAACUUCCGUCCAGUGCUCACAUAAAUAAAGAAUCCAGCAGCUGUGGCAAAGAGAAAGAAACAUCACAAGUACUUGUAGUUGAAUUUGGCACUGGGAACUCCUUAACAUUUACAUUUGAAAAAAGUAACGAUUUCUACCAUGUCAGCAAUUUGACAUUCAGCUACAACUUGUCAGACAGCAGCUUCUUCCCCAAUUCCUCUGGCGGACAAAGAGAGGUAUCCAGAGCUGGUGAUAUUCAGGCAAACAUAAAUACAACAUACAGAUGUCGCAGCAACCACAGAGUAAAUAUGACAAAUGUGACAGUGCUUUUCAGUAAUGUUACACUUGAAGCAUACCUUCCAAACAACGCCUUCAGUAAAAAUGAUAGUGUUUGUGCUGAAGAUAAAACGUCUACUGUUGCUCCCCCAAUCACAACCCACAUACCUACAACUACCAGUCUGGCGCCACCCACACCCCCACCUACGGACACCCCAAAAAUUGGCCGAUACAAUGUGACUGGACUUCAUGGGAUCUGUUUGCUUGCUACUAUGGGUCUGCAAGUUAAUGUCACGUACAGCACAAAAAAUAAGACUAGUAAAUCAGAGUUGCUGAAUCUUCCACCAACUGCAGAGGUCUCUGGAACCUGUGAAAAUUCUUCCAUUACUCUAAACUUGACAUCUGAGAGCACCAGUCUUAGUUUCCAGUUUUCACAGAACACAAGUACUGAGAAGUACUUUCUGCAAGGCAUCAUUGUGACUGCAAAUCUGCCUCCUGAAGCUACAGAGAAAAAUAUUAGCUAUUCCAACCAUACUCUGAAUGCCCUGAAAACUUCAGUUGGGAAAUCUUACAAGUGCAUUGCUGAAGAGAGUAUCUGGAUCUCAGGCAAAGCUGCAGUCAACAUAUUCAACAUCCAACUCCAAGCUUUCAAGAUUCCAGGAGAUAAGUUUGGAGCAGUGGAAGAAUGUCAGCUGGAUGAAAACAAUAUGUUGAUCCCCAUUAUAGUUGGUGCAGCUCUUGCUGGACUUGUUCUCAUAGUAUUAAUUGCAUAUUUAAUUGGCAGAAAACGUAGCCAUGCUGGCUAUCAAACCAUUUGAUGAUUUGCACUUAAUUAAACCAGUGUGGAAGAACAGAAGUUGCAAGAAGCAGAUCCAUUGAUUACCCCCAUUCCCAUCUUCCCCUCAAAUAGAUUGAUAUGAGGGAGCACAAUCUUUUUCCUUACCAACUGUUUCUUGCAGUGUCUGCUUUACUAAAUGUGAAAUCCAUCGUGGCAUUUAACUAUGCACAAAGGAUAACUUCUAUAAUUCUGUUUAAUUUGCUAAUGGGUUUAAGUAUUUACCCACCUAGAAACAGGCUGAAGUUUUAAGAAUGCUUUUCUGAAUUGGCAUGGUUUUUUUAAUGUCAAAUACUUCAAAUGGGUGUGACAUAGUAAUUCACAUUCGUUCACUUAAAUUCAGAGUAAUUGUAUCUAACAAAGGGAAACUUCCACUUCUGGUAUUACCAAUCUGUGCUGAACUUAGUUACUGCACUUAAUGCAGCUAAAAUGUAAUUACUGACCUAUCAAAUGCUAUUAUUCCCACUUUGUUUCUACCUAGGUUUGUAUCAGCUUUAAAGGCUAAACUCUGGUAUAUGCAAAGUGUGAAGAUGCAGUUUGGCCAACUCUUUUAAGCUAUUUUUGGUUUGUCAAGUUGGUAGGAGCUGGCCCUUUUUUACAUGAAAAUGGGUGUUACUUUAUUUUUUGUAAAGUGAAUUUCAGUCUCUUCAUCUGUUGGAAAUUCGAAGGAGAUCCUCUUUCUGCACAUGUGUACAAUAGACUUCAAUCUGCUAAUUCUUGCUUUGACUUUGGCUGGGACUGUACACUACAAGGAUCAGUUAUGGAUGCAUUGCCUGUAACAGUGCUAAUAAAGACUUUUCUGUA